AUGGCGAUGGCGAUGUCAGACAGUGGGGCGAGCCGGCUGCGGCGGCAGCUCGAGUCGGGCGGCUUCGAGGCGCGGCUGUACGUGAAGCAGCUCUCGCAGCAGUCGGACGGGGACCGGGACUUGCAGGAGCACCGACAGCGCAUCCAGGCGCUGGCGGAGGAGACGGCGCAGAACCUGAAGCGCAACGUCUACCAGAACUACCGGCAGUUCAUAGAGACGGCCCGUGAGAUCUCCUACCUGGAGAGCGAGAUGUAUCAGCUCAGCCACCUGCUGACGGAGCAAAAGAGCAGCCUGGAGAGCAUCCCGCUUACCCUGCUGCCGGCUGCCGCUGCCGCGGGCGCCGCCGCCACCUCUGGAGGGGAGGAGGGAGGAGGUGGCGCGGGGGGCCGCGACCACCUCCGGGGCCAGACCGGCUUUUUCCCCAGCCCCGGGGGCGUCUCCCGGGACGGUUCUGGGCCAGGCGAGGAAGGAAAGCAGCGAACCCUCACCACCCUGCUUGAGAAGGUGGAAGGCUGCAGGCACCUGCUGGAGACUCCGGGACAGUACCUAGUGUACAAUGGUGACCUGGUGGAAUACGAGGCGGACCACAUGGCCCAGCUGCAGCGAGUGCACGGCUUUCUCAUGAACGACUGUUUGCUGGUGGCCACCUGGCUGCCACAGCGGCGGGGGAUGUAUCGCUAUAACGCCCUCUAUGCCCUGGAUGGUUUGGCUGUGGUCAAUGUCAAAGACAACCCGCCCAUGAAGGACAUGUUCAAGCUGUUGAUGUUUCCCGAGAGCCGCAUUUUUCAGGCGGAAAAUGCAAAGAUCAAACGGGAGUGGCUGGAAGUGCUGGAGGAAACCAAGAGGGCCCUCAGUGAAAAAAGACGCAGGGAACAGGAGGAGGCAGCGGCCCCUCGAGGGCCGCCCCAAGUGACCCCCAAGGCCAGUAACCCGUUUGAGGACGAAGACGACGACGCACCAACUGUUCCCGAGAUAGAAGAAGAGAAGGUGGACCUCUCAAUGGAAUGGAUCCAAGAAUUGCCUGAAGACCUGGAUGUCUGUAUUGCCCAGAGGGACUUUGAAGGUGCCGUUGACCUGCUGGAUAAAUUGAACCAUUACCUAGAAGACAAGCCCAGCCCACCUCCCGUCAAAGAACUGAGGGCGAGAGUGGAUGAGCGUGUCCGCCAGCUCACCGAGGUGCUAGUUUUUGAACUCUCCCCGGAUCGGUCCCUGAGAGGUGGUCCCAAGGCGACGCGCAGGGCAGUUUCUCAGCUAAUCCGACUUGGCCAGUGCACGAAGGCUUGUGAGCUGUUUUUGAGAAACAGGGCGGCAGCUGUGCACACUGCAAUACGCCAGCUUCGCAUUGAAGGGGCCACCUUACUCUACAUUCAUAAGCUGUGCCACGUUUUCUUUACCAGCCUUCUGGAGACUGCCAGGGAAUUUGAGACCGACUUUGCAGGCACCGACAGUGGCUGCUACUCUGCCUUUGUGGUCUGGGCGAGGUCAGCCAUGGGCAUGUUCGUGGAUGCUUUCAGCAAGCAGGUGUUCGAUAGUAAGGAGAGCCUCUCCACAGCGGCUGAGUGCGUCAAAGUGGCGAAGGAGCACUGUCAGCAACUGGGCGACAUCGGACUCGACCUCACCUUCAUCAUCCAUGCCCUUCUGGUGAAAGACAUCCAAGGAGCCUUGCAUAGUUACAAAGAAAUCAUCAUCGAAGCCACUAAGCAUCGCAACUCCGAGGAGAUGUGGAGGAGGAUGAACUUGAUGACUCCAGAGGCCCUGGGGAAACUCAAAGAGGAAAUGAAGAGCUGUGGGGUGAGUAACUUUGAGCAAUACACGGGGGAUGACUGCUGGGUGAACCUGAGUUACACGGUGGUCGCGUUCACCAAGCAGACCAUGGGCUUCUUAGAAGAGGCACUGAAGCUGUAUUUCCCAGAGCUGCACAUGGUGCUUUUGGAGAGCCUGGUGGAGAUCAUUCUGGUUGCUGUCCAGCAUGUGGAUUACAGCCUUCGGUGUGAGCAAGAUCCAGAGAAGAAAGCUUUUAUCAGACAGAACGCAUCCUUUCUGUAUGAAACAGUCCUCCCUGUGGUGGAAAAAAGGUUUGAGGAGGGUGUGGGGAAACCUGCCAAGCAACUCCAGGACCUGAGAAAUGCCUCCAGACUGAUUCGCGUGAAUCCCGAAAGUACAACAUCAGUGGUCUGA